AUGUCGACCUCAACAACCACCGCUCCCACCUCGCUGUCAGAAGCACCGCGCCCAGGACGACUUCGUCGCUUCAGUCAGCUCCGAGCGUACACACAGACCUUAUCUUCCUCCACCUCCAGCGGUCAUCGUUCUCGCAACAGUCUGAGUAGCCGAGUCCCGUGGCUGUCCCCAUCAUCAUCCGGCCCCGAAUCAUCAACCCGGCCGGCGGGGAACUCCACCGCCGCCGAAGUCCUCGAAAGUGACGAACCGGCCCUCUCUCGCUACACUUCUGCACCCACUGCGGGCGCUUUCCACGGCCUCAGUAUUGAUACACAAACGUCAUCAGCCGAGUCAUCAAGAUCAACGCCUCCCAACGAGCCUGCCUCACGGUCAUCAAAUGUCAUGGCUCGCCUGAGAAGUGCUUCCGCCGUUCAGGGUCGCCCACCGCGUACCACCGCGCUAGCGAGCACUACUACUCCCGAUGCUCCCACCUCUGCUUCGGAGACCACCUCCGCGGCCACUGCCAUCAGUACAUCUGCCACAACGACUACCAGCCCGACGCCGGCAAAUCAGAAAGCGACCAUUCGUUUCUUCCCCCACCAAGACAGUCUGCAAUCUUCGAGACCUUCUCUCCCCUUUACGCCCAUUGCGCGCACCCUACCCUCGGACGGUUCCGUCAUUCGGGUAGGGCGAUACUCGGAGAGAGAUGGUGUCCCCGUUCCAAACCCGUCUGAACCCUCCGACGCGCCCGUGGGGUUCAAGUCGAAAGUCGUCAGUCGGAAACACUGCGAGUUCAGCUACAAGGGUGGGCAGUGGCACAUCAAGGACGUGGGCAGUUCGUCGGGAACCUUCCUGAAUCACAUGCGCCUGAGUCAACCCAACAUGGUCUCUCGGUCGUAUCCAAUCAAGGACGGCGAUAUCGUCCAACUGGGCAUUGAUUUCCGCGGCGGCGAGGAGAUGAUCUUCCGUUGUGUUCGCAUUCGGAUCGAAUGUAAUCGAUCGUGGCAGCAGCAGCCUAACGAAUUCAACAAAAACACGGAGAGUCUGAUCAAGAACCUUGGCAAGGGCGACGGGGCUAAUUACUCCGGGUGCCGCGAGUGUUCGAUAUGUCUCGGCUCUGUGCUGCGUCCAUACCAGUGUCUGUUCAUGGCGGCAUGUGCCCACGUCUGGCAUUACAAAUGUAUCAGCCGCCUGCUGCACUCGCCGGAGUAUCCUAUGUUCCAGUGCCCCAAUUGUCGUGCUUUCACCGAUCUAAGCGCCGAAGUCGACGACACGCCCGACGUUCUGGAGGCCAAGACUGAAGACACGACCGAGGGAGCUCUCCCAGCGGGCGAGUCGACCGCGUCCCAUGCAGAGACGCAACCUGCUGCCGCUUCACCAUCGGUACCCGCGACUGGCGAACAGCAGCAGGGCCGCACCUCGCUGGAGCCACACACCGAAGAACCGGAUAUUGCAACCGACGUGGAGAACCUUCAUUUGCAAGACGAGGACGACCGUAAUUCUGCAUCUGGAUCUGGAAAUGAGGCCGAGGAUGAUCGGAAUGUGGAUUCUGCCGGUCCCAGCACCAGCAACGACGAUCUGGCGCGCAGCGCCACUGUGAGUGUUACCGGAUUCCAGCCCACGCAGCCGGUCAACGUUCCCCUGUCACGGUCACCACGUUUGCGCGCAGACACCCCCGCGGAGACUUCUGACGACAAUCCGUUGACCCCUCGAAAUGACAUGGGGCCCCUUGCCUUUGACGGUCGAGCUGGGAUGCGUUCUGAAUGA